AAUAUAUAAUCAACAGAUGGCAUGAAGUACUCGUAGCGCGCCUUUUCCCAGGUUUCAGAUGUCCUCCUCCAACGAAGAGAAAGUCGCCCAUGACACGGUUGCUCAUGCCGAGCAUACCCACCACCUCGAUCCAAAAAGCAAUCUAGUAGCGAGUGCCAGUGCUAAACUUGCAAACCCUUUGCGUGGCAUCCCCUACAAUCAAUUAAUGACGGAUGUCGAAAUUUUUGCGCAAGAGAGAGGUCUCGAAGACAUCGUUGAUGAACUUAAAAAAGGGGCUCUUGUCGCCCAAGACCCAACUGCUUUGGAUCAUCAUGAUGCGUUUACCGAGGAGGAUAAACGGGUGCUACGCAUGGAGGUGACCCAUAAGUGGACACAGACAAAAUCAUUAUACUAUAUGGUAUUCAUGAGUUCUAUGGCGGCGGCUGUCCAGGGAAUGGACGAGGCCGUCAUUAACGGUGCUCAGAUCAUCUAUCCAGCGCAGUUUGGUAUUGGCGAUCCGAAUAGCAAGCGUGAUUCUUGGCUAGUUGGUCUUAUCAACUCUGCUCCAUACCUCUGUUGUGCUGUCAUUGGCUGUUGGCUCACCGACCCUCUGAAUCGGUGGUUGGGACGGAAAAAGACCAUUUUUAUCACUUGUAUGAUCAGUUUCCUUACAUGUAUCUGGAGUGCCUUCACCAACACAUGGUGGCAUCUCUUCAUCGCUCGCUUCUUCUUAGGAUUUGGUAUUGGACCAAAAUCCGCCACCGUUCCCGUUUAUGCCGCUGAAUGUUCCCCAGCCGCCAUCCGAGGCGCACUUGUCAUGAUGUGGCAAAUGUGGACUGCGUUUGGUAUUAUGUUUGGUGAUCUCCUCGAUGUAGCAUUUUACUUCGUUCCCAACAAACACAACGCAACUGGACUCAACUGGAGAUUGAUGUUGGGUUCUGCGGGUAUCCCUGGUCUCAUUGUUUGCUCGCAAGUUAUGUUCGCCCCCGAGUCCCCUCGAUGGCUUAUUUCCAAAGGUCGAUACCAUGAUGCAUACAAGGAACUUUGUCGACUUCGGCUCGGAACGGUGCAGGCCGCCAGAGAUCUGUACUAUAUCCAUGUUCUCCUUGAGGCCGAGAAUGAGAUGAAGAGAGGCAGGAACAGAGUUGUUGAGAUGUUUACGAUUCCAAGGAACAGGAAUGCGGCUCUGGCAAGUUGGAUUGUCAUGUUUGGGCAGCAAUUCUGCGGUGUCAACGUCAUUGCGUACUAUUCGUCGAAUGUAUUUGUUUCCUCCGGGUUUACCCAGGCCUCUGCGCUUUUAGCUUCCUUCGGAUUUGGUUUAAUUAACUGGGUCUUCGCGUUCCCCGCCGUGUUCACAAUUGACACGUUUGGACGUCGUAACCUCCUGUUGUUCACAUUCCCUUGUAUGGCCGCCUGUCUUCUGAUCACAGGUUUCUCUUUCUGGAGUACUUCCGAUACGCACAAACUAGCUGGUGUAUCACUGGGCAUAUACCUCUUCGGUGUAUUCUACUCCCCAGGAGAAGGACCCGUGCCCUUCACCUACUCUGCAGAGGCCUUCCCCUUGUAUAUUCGUGAUAUUGGGAUGUCAUUCGCGACGGCAACUACUUGGUUCUUCAACUUCCUCUUGUCGAUAACGUGGCCCUCGCUGGUUCUGGCUUUCAAGCCUCAAGGUGCCUUUGGUUUCUAUGCCGCAUGGUGCUGUGUUCUAUGGUUGCUCAUCUUACUCUUCGUUCGUGAGACGAAGGGAAGAACACUUGAAGAGUUGGACCAAGUCUUUUCUAUCCCCGCCCAUGUGCAUGCUGCGUAUGGACUCAGACAGAUUCCAUAUGGCAUCAAGAAAUGGGUAUUCCGGCAAAACGUUGAGCCUGAGAACCUUUACACUUUCGAAAGCGAAGAUUCAAGUGUGGUUGACGAGAAGGGACAAAGAGAGUUGAGAGAGGAUUAUGAAAAGGCGAGCUAAUAGCCUUGGCCUUUGAUUCUUCUAUUAUCACCGAUUUUGCUCUCUCCCGUUGCUGCCACGAGUCUUUGACGGGUACAUAUAUCAUAAUUUAGCGUCUCUCUUUCUCUUUCAAACUGUUUGUAGUGUAGCUGCUCUAAUGUUGGCUCGUAUUCAUGCAUUUAAUCUAGCCUUUCUUUUUCUUUUUCUCUUUCAAAUUGUUUGUAGUGUAGCUGCUCUAGUGUUGGCUCGUAUACAUGCAUUUUAUCUGUUGAUACUGUUUCCAGUAUGUGCUGCAUAAUAAAUAUAUUGACUCGCAAUGGCAGCUUUCUUGGU